ACCACUCUUGCAUUUGAAUAUCUCCCAAGCUAAACACAGCCGUCAAUAGAACAAGAAACCACAAACAUGGCCAGACAGGCUCUCUUUGCCCUCUCAAUUCUACUUGUUUUUCUCUUUGAUAGCAUUACAACUUUAGCUCAGCCAGCUACCGCUCCAGCAUUGCCUGCCACGCCCCCAAUCCCAGUUGCCACACCCCCAACCCCGGUUGCCAAGCCCCCAACCCCGGUUGCCACUCCUCCAACCCCAGUUGCCACUCCUCCAACCCUGUCUGCCACACCCCCGUCCGGCCUACCAGCAAAGGCCCCAGCUCAGUCUGCCCAAAUCCCUGUACAAAAGGGCCCUACUGAUGUUGUCAAAAUCUUGGAAAAGGCUAAGGGCUACUCAGUAUUUAUCCGCCUCUUAAAGAGCACUGGAUUGGCUGGACAACUAUAUGGUCAGCUAAAUAAUUCAAAUGUUGGCUUUACAAUAUUUGCUCCUACAGAUGGUGCAUUUUCAAGCCUCAAAGCAGGCACUAUAAACUCUCUGUCUGAUCUUCAGAAGACCCAACUCAUACAAUUUCACAUCUUAAACACUGUGGUUACUCUAUCAAACUUCCAGACUCUAAGCAAUCCAGUGCCAACAGAAGCUGGAGAUACCAGCGCUGGAGAAUUCCCACUGAACGUGACAACUGCCGGCAAUCAAGUGAACAUAUCAACUGGCCUCGUGAAUGCCACAUUGGGAGGUACAAUAUACUCGGAUAACCAGCUUAUCAUGUAUCGAGUAGACAAAGUGCUUCUUCCACUCGACAUAUUCGUGCCUAAGACUAAAAAAGCAGCAGCUCCCGCAGCAACACUUGCAAAGCCAAAUGGAACUGCAGAUGCUGCAGACAGUCCAUCUGGUGGUGAUGCUGCUGGCGUUGGUACUGAUGACGAUGCUGCUAAAGUGGACCACUCUGGUGCUGUGAGGCUCAGCUGGCGCGGAACAUUGUUGUCCAUUGGAGUUUCCCUGGUCGCAUUCAUUGUGACGAAAGCAACUUGAUAUUAGCGGAUACGUAUCAUCUGGAUAUUUUGCUUUGGUGGGAUCCAAUUCUUUAAUAUUUCUGCAUGAUUUCGAUGAGUUGGGUUGAAAGAUCGUGAUCAGUACUGUGUGUUCUCUAAAUAAUUGCCUUCUUUCAA